AUGGUGCCUUCUUCACCCCAGCAGCCACCGGCCCACCUAACAGCGUCAGGUGAACCCAGUUUGCAGAUUUUCCACAUUUGUGUCUUCAUCAUCUACCUCACUGCCAACGACCACGCUAUCCUCCUACCCAACAGACCCCAGCACCAGCUGGCAGCUACUCCCCGACCCCACCACCAACUGGGUAGAGCCCCGCUCUUCAGAGACCCCUUUCUUGAGAACUUCUCCUCUGGUUUUCCCAGCCCUGAGAGGGAGGCGCGCUUGCAGGACUCCUGUACCCUGAAGAGAGGGAUUCAAAAGUUAGGCAGGAGCUGCAAGUGGCCUGAUGGGGCCAUGCUGCAUUUGAGUGCCCAUCACAGACCUUUCUGCUGCCAGCUCCUGGUACUCUUCUGCCUACUGCAUCCAGGAGCCUCAGACCAACCCCACUCAACCUCCAACAACCCUGGAGAGGAGGCUUUGUCUAUCCAAGGAGUGCGGGGCAGCUCUGUGGAACUAGACUGCCGUCCUGGGCCUGCCCCAGUGGCGGUCCUCUGGAGCUUCACUCCUCUGGGCUCCCUGGCUCUUCGACCUGUGGCAGUCACCAACGGAGCCUCUUCGAGGGUGGAGUCCGGGGCGAAAGCUCUGGGAGUCGUGAGUCUGAGAAACACCAGCCUGGUGAUAGAGGAGCUCCGAGAGAGUGCCCGUGGCCACUUCCUAUGCCAGACCCUGCUUGUAUCCGAUGGCCAGGUCCACACCACCUAUUUGUAUCUUACACUGGCCGUGCUGGUGCCUGUGUCCAAGCCUCUGGUGCACCUGAGUGACCCAUCCCCAAUAGAAGGCGUCUCCGUGGUGGUCACAUGUGCCGUGAGGGAAGGCACAGAGCCAUUGACCUUCUCCUGGCGCCAUCACACACCCCAAAGACCUGAGGAGGUCCUGGUGGGUCUUUCAGAGCCCAGGCUCCAGCUAGAUCCAGUCAACCGGACCCACCUCGGCUGGUACAGUUGCAGUGCCAGCAAUGCAAUCAACCAGCUGAGCAGCGAUGGGGCCUUCCUAGAUGUCAUCUAUGGUCCAGACAAGCCUGUGAUCACUGUGGAGCCCCUGGGAUUCACUGAGGACGGGUUCUGGGCCAGUGAGAGGGAAGAGGUGACCCUGAGCUGCCUUGCUGCAUCCAAUCCUCCUAGUCACUAUGUGUGGUUCCGUGAUGACUCUCAGGUCCACCUUGGACCCACCUACAUCAUUGCCAGAGCUAGCCGCACCCACACAGGCCUGUACACCUGCCUGGCCCACAACAGCCACCUAGAUACCCACACCCAGUCCACAGUCCAGCUCACCAUCUACUAUCCCCCCAAAGGACAGCCCUCCUGUGCUGUGCUCCCCACCCUUGGGGUUGUGACUCUGCUCUGCACCUGGUCUGGGGGUUUUCCAAAAGCCCAGCUUCACUGGGAAGGGCCCCAAGGGAUUGGCCCGACUGCCCCCAACAAUGUCACCUGGAGCUAUACAGCCACUGGACUUCCGAAUGGCAGCAUCUUCACCUGCAUGGGACAGCACCCAACCUUGGCCAUGCCCAUCCUCUGCAGGGUCACUCUCUGGGAACCUCCCAGGAGCCCCACCUGUGGGACCACAGCCACAGUAGGUGACCAGUUCAUCAUGCUGAGCUGUGAGUGGCCUGGAGGUGAACCUCCUGCCAUGCUGAGCUGGCUGGACGGACAUCAGCAGUCCCUGGGUGAGCCCAGCUCUUCUCCGGCUGUCUACCUCCUACAGGCUCAGAGCAAUCUGGCAGGCAGAGAGUUUAUCUGCCGGGGUUCUCACCCACUCAAAGGCCCUGGUUCCCACUGCCGGCUAAGGCUAGAAGCCCCACAGCUGGCAGUGGCUGAACCCCGAGUGUCGGUGCUAGAGGGGGAAGAGGCCUGGCUGGGCUGUGCUCUCCAGCAGGGCACACCACCUGCUCGGCUCCUCUGGCUCAGACCCCAGCAACAGCCUUUGGAACAAAGUGCUUAUGGAUUCAUUCUACACCCCGAGGGUACCCACCUGCGCCUUCAAGUCCGAGAUGCUGACCCAGCACAGCACAGGGGCACCUACCAGUGUGUGGCCCACAAUGCCGUGGGCAAUAGCAGCCAGAGUGUGCUGCUGGAGGUCCUGAGGUAUCCAGCCCCUCCCAAUGUCACCAUCAGCCGCCUGACCUACAGGCGACAACGAAGAGAGGUGCAGCUGCAAUGGGCCAUCUACGGCCCCGGAAACCUGACGGGCUUCCUGGUACAGCAGAGGGCCAGUGUCUCCAGCUCAGAGGCUGGUGCUUGGGAGGUAGCCGCUAGUGACAUCGAGCCAGAGAGCAGGGACCGGCGUCUGGGAGGGCUGGACCCAGGAGUCCUUUACGCCUUCCGCAUCCUGGCUAUGAACCACCACACCGCAGGACAUCCUUCGGAGGUGAAGACGCCAGUGGACCCCGCCUUCAGUGCCUACCCCGCUGUACUGGGUGCUGCAGGCACAGGAAUGGUGGUGGCGUUGGCGAUCUCUCUGCUGGUGUUCCAGUAUGCUGCUCGGCACCCACACACUUUCCCCUACCUCAGCCGCUUGCUUGUUCCCAUGGAGCACAGGCAGCAUCAGAGGAGAUCCAGGGAAAGCACGGAGGCACCAGCAGGCACUGAAACAGCAACUACCACCUCAAGUUCAGACCCUGUGCAAGAAUCCACUGAGGCACCAGUGAAAGUCACCCUCACGGUGACUGCAACACCAGGAGUUCAAUGA